GCUGCAGCGGUAAAUGUUGCCCACAUCAUGGGGAACUGGCACUUUUGGUGUUGCCUGAAAAACAGUGCAGCUGAAUUGUUAGCAUAAGGAAGCAGGGAGCGAACAGGGACGGCAGUGGUGUGCACAGAGGAAUCCGGGCGAAAAUCGAUAAGCAACGUGAGCAGAGACAGCCUACGCGGGAAACAUGGGUCAGGAAGAAUCCCCCUCUCUACACCCCCGGUAACCGGACUGUCCAACGGAUUGCGCUGCGGAUGGUGGGUUAAAAAUCCGGCGGUAGUUCGGUAUCCGGACCGUGUGCCCGUGAAUAGCAGAGCCAUCCAUAACUCUGGAAGCACUGGACUGGGGUUGGAAUUGCGGCUGGUGGUGUGGAUGCACACCGUGUGUCUCCCGACAGCCAGGAGGAAGACCCAGAGGUCAGAUGUGUGCUCCGCUUCGAUAACUUCUCCUCCCAGGCAGCAUUGGGAAUUCUCGGGAAAGCAGCCAGAGUGGGUGCGAUAAGAGAAUGGAGGGCAGCAUGGAUCAAAGCAAGGGCUCGAGCCCCAAAGCUGGGAAGAGGAACGGGCUGAUCAACACCAAAGACCUGAAGACGGAUGGCAAGGACGGCCUGGUGUCUCUGUAUUCGGCCCCACAGUACCAGGGGUACGUGCUGGGGAGCUUCCCGGCUCAGAACUACAUGGAACAGAGCCGGAAUGACUCCGAGCAACAGCAGGUCUUGAACCCUCGCACCCUCCAACACACUGUUGAGACCCAGUACCGACCUAAUAUCUUUAUGCACUCGGAGAGCGUGCUGAGACCCUGGGGGGAGAACAGCAGCUCAGACUGCUGUGAAACAACUUUUAUCGAAAGCAAAUCGCCCAUAAAGGAUGGUCUGGACUACGGGGAGGGCCAAUUUAUAGACCUGUCCACAGCCGACGGCAAACUUCAGACCCUCUCUUACGACGUGGAAGAUGAGGAUGAAUUCCAAGAGUUGGAGAGCGAUUAUUCAAGUGACACAGAAAGCGAGGACAACUUCCUCAUGCUCCCACCCAAGGACCAUCUGGGCCUCAGCGUCUUCUCCAUGCUGUGCUGCUUCUGGCCUCUGGGAAUCGCUGCCUUCUACCUUUCACAUGAGACCAACAAGGGGGUGGCGAAGGGUGACUAUCACCACGCGAGCUCCAGUUCCAGGCGGGCCCUCUUCCUGGCCGUCCUCUCCAUCACCAUCGGGACCGGCAUUUACGUGGGAGUGGCCGUGGCGCUGAUCGCCUACCUGUCCAAGAACAACCACUUGUAGGAUGCUGGCCGGCAGA